GGUGUAACCUCCACCUGGCAGACGCAGAGCCCAGUCCCCGCAUCCUGAAGAGCCACUACCUGUUCACCCUCAUGCCCAAGGACGUCCUCGACAGAGUAAAGGUUGUGUACGUGGCCCGGAACCCCAAGGACAUGGCUAUCUCGCUGUUCAACAACUUCAAAAUGUUUAAAGUAUUCGAGUUCGAGAGCGAAAAGGAGGAGUAUUUCAAAGACAUCAUGAACAACAAAACUCUUUAUUGCCCCUACUGGCCCCACGUGAAGGAGGCGUGGGGGAAGAGGCACCACCCUAACCUGCUCUUCCUCUUCUACGAGGAUAUGAAGGCCGACAUCAUGAAAGAGCUGGGAAGGAUCAACGAGUUCCUGGGAACAGGGCUGAGCCAGGAGUCCCUCGAGAAUGUGGCGCGACACACCUCCUUCUCGGCCAUGAAGUCCCGAGGAGAGCCAAUCACAGACCCAGUGUUCGACAAGAAAGAUGACAACGAAGUCAGAUUCUUCCGAAAGGGCACGACGGGUGACUGGAAGAACCACUUCUCGCCGGAGAUGCAGAAGGAGUUUGACCAAUGGAUUAAGGAAAACCUGGCCGGCAGCGACCUGAGCCUGAGCUGGGCCCUGAGUGGA